AAACACCUUUCGUCACCCCUCUCCAAAUUUGGCAGGGACAUUCGUUUCCAUUAUGGUUAGAUGAUAACCUAGGUGCACAUGUUUAUUUGCUUAUGUUUGAUAUUUAUUUUCUUCGUUCUAAAAUGUUACUAGUCGCUCCAAGUGGAAAAAUAAUUCACAGCAAGAAACAAAAAACCAAAAACAAAAACAAAAAACAACAAAAAAAAAAAAAAACCCAAACAAAAAACUGCGAGUUUUCUCGAUCACGCAGAACAAAAGUGGACAGCAUCCAGAAUUAGAGUGUUUGGUUUCGAAAACAGAAAGAGAGGAAGAGAGGGAGGGGCAGGACCGAGUGAGCAAGUUGCGGAGCGAUGUCACGCACUUGUUGCUGACUACGAGUUCUCGCAUUAGGGAAGCGACAGCGAGUACAAGUGUUUGAGUAUAUUUGUCUACACUGACGCUGGGCAUCAGCAAGGUGAACCCAACAAAGGAACUGAACCAACAGAUCAAAACUAAAGUCACUAAAGAGACACUAAAGUAUUGUUGGUCGUCAGGUGAAAGAGAUGGCAAGCUCGGAGGAAUUCGAGUGGUGGCAAACAUCCAUCAUCUAUCAGGUCUACCCGCGCUCCUUCUACGACUCCAAUGGGGACGGAGUUGGCGAUCUUAAUGGUAUCAGGCAGAAGCUGGACCACUUUGACUACCUGAAUGUCAAGGCCAUCUGGAUCAGCCCCUUCUGCAAGUCCCCCAUGUGUGACUUCGGCUACGACAUCAGCGACUUCCGUGACGUGGACCCUAUUUUUGGAUCACUAAAAGAUUUCGAUGACCUCGUCGACGAAGCGCACAAGAGAGGCAUUAAAAUUAUCGUCGACUUCGUGCCCAACCACACCAGCGAUCAGCACGACUGGUUCCAGAGAAGCUGUCGUCGUGAACCACCCUACGACGACUACUACAUCUGGCGCAAUGGCAAAGUGGACGCCGAUGGCAAACACCAGCCUCCCAACAACUGGGUGAGUUUUUUAAAUUAGCGUGUUUGGGGCACAGCAUGGCGGUGGCAUGAGGGGCGACAGCAGUACUACUACACAGCUUUCUUAGCAGCACAACCCGACCUCAACUACCGCAACCCUAUGGUCGUGCAGGAGAUGAAGGAUGUUGUUAGGUUCUGGAUGGAGCGUGGUGUUGACGGCCUCAGGGUCGACGCUCUGGAAGUUCUGUUUGAAAUUGAAGAUACGAGCCAAGACGAGCCAAGAUCUGACCAGGACGUUCCCCCGUUUCAGUAUGAGUACUACGACCACAUCUACACGGCAUCACAGCCGGAAAUCGCUGACAUCGUGCGUGGCUGGCGGGACAUCCUCGAUGAAUUUCAACGUAAAGACGGUAAAAGCAGGUUCAUGGUGAUAGAAACCUACACUCCCCCGACAAUCCGCAACCGUUACUAUGGCUGCGGGGCUAACCCCUUCAACAUGGAUCUUGUGGACGAGCUAAAGGCGCCAUUGUCCGGCGAGAAGAUGGAGCAGCUUGUGGACAGAGAGUACCGCUCCCUGCCUCACGGCGGCUGGCCUACGUUUGUUCUGGGGAACCAUGACCGCGCGCGAAUAGCUGACAAGUUUGGCGCCGGCUACGUUGAGGCACUGAACCUGAUGCUGCUGACCCUGCGGGGAACCCCCACCUGCUAUUACGGCGAUGAACUGGGCAUGCAGGGCAUCUCUGUGACCUUUGAACAGACGCAGGAUCCGUUUGGAAAGAACUUCGGUCCGGAGCGAUAUCACCUGGUGUCUAGAGACCCAGUUCGUUCCCCCAUGCAAUGGGACUCACGCGCCAAUGCCGGAUUCUCUACCAACUCAUCACCAUGGUUACCAGUCCAUCCAAACUAUAAAAUUUGCAAUGUCAAAGCACAGAAGGAGUCGGCUGAACAGACAACCCUCCAGCUCUUCGCUGCUCUGGGCCUGCGAGAGGAACCAGUCUUCCAGCUGGGACAGCUUCGCUAUGCAGUCACCAACAAGAAUAUUUUCUCCUAUAUCAGGCAUCUAGCGCCACCUACUGAAAGCCCAAGUCCGCCUCAGCGCUACCUGGUGAUCAUCAAUGUAGGACAGGAGGUCUCGAAGGAUGACUACUCUCAGGCACCAGUCGGGUGUGAGCGUGGUGUGGUGGUGCUCUGCACCAGCAAUGUUAGCACCAAGCUGAAGAAUAGGGAGGUUCAGCUUUCUAGGUUGGUGACCUCACCAGGAGAUGGCCUUGUCAUCAAACUAUUCUAACCUGUACCAAAGACACCACAUGGAACAGACAUCAGACAGUUUGCAAAAUUAUAAUUAAAAUAAGACGCAUAUUGAACAUAUUGUGAAAUGAUGAACAUUUUUGUGCCUCUGUAAUCAAUGAAAUACCAAAGAUGAACAAAGCAAACAUGCAUACACACAUACGCACACGCACACAUGCGCAUGCAUACACCCACACCUGCUUCGAUGUCUGACUUUUGCGGUCAUCUUGGCUAGCCAGGCUGUUUGAAUGUGAACUCUAAGUGUAGUAUUUGUGCAAGCAAUCUGGCCUCUACUUAAAAGUUUACUCACAGACAAACCAUCUAGCUCAUCCACGGAAGAUGCGUUGCCAGUUUUAUCAAACAUCGAACAGCAAUAAGCAUUAUUACCUUUAGUUGCAAUAUGUAGUCAGAUUUAGAAUUGUUCCUGUCUAUAUUUUUUCAUUAUAUUAAACUUGCUAACAUAGAUACUCAAGAGUAUUAACUUUUUUGCCAAUAAGUAUUGAAGAUAAAAUAAAGUUUAUUUUUUAUUCA